AUGUUUACUCGACUUGGUCUGUCAAGUGAUAACAACCAUGCGAUUCUGCUCACGAAACAACUGCAACCAUGUAUCACGACCGUGGUCAAGCAAUUCGACAUGAUCUACCGAUGUCUGGUCUGCUUCGAGGAAUAUCCGCUCUCGGAUCGAGACACACUGGUGAUCGAUGAAGUUCUUCAAGAAGGUAAUACCGUCCACAAGUACCAAACGUAUUUGCGCAAUGCACACGCCGACGGCAUCAUUGAGCUCAAGCAGAAGGAAUGCCCUGGAUGCAAGGAUGCUCCGAAACUAUUGUCCUCGUGGUGAAAGUCUCGCGGAACGGUCAAGCCAUUUAUAUCUGCCCCACGUGCAAACACC